AUGGUUCCAAUCUUUUUUCCGUCAUUCAUUAUUCCCGUAGCAGAUUUUAGAAACACAUAAAAUAAGGGCUGUGUUUCGUGUAGGCUUACCUUGGAGUUUUGAUAACUGUGUAAAUCUAUGGACAAGGCGAUUUUAUCAAUAUAUUCGCCUGUAUUUACACCCCAAAAAUGAAACGCUAAUUAGCUGCUAAUGUGGCUAUCGUAAGGAACUACAAAUGACAUGAUGAUCAUGACGAGGCUGAAGAAUCGAGGCAAAGGACAAUGACCCAACCUACCUCCAGGCUGUGUAAGGGCUAUUCGACCAAGAAGGAGAGUGAUGGAGUGCUGCAUCAGAUGACCUGGCCUUGGACUGCAGAGUGAAGGAAAAGCAGCCAAGAAGUGCUCAGCAGACUGUUGGAAAAGUAUUCUAGGUGAAGCUGGUUGAGAGAAUGCCAAGAGUGUCCAAAGCUGUCAUCAAGGCAAAGGGGGAUCCCUACAUAUCUCAUUACCUUUAUCAUGGCCCCGAGAAAUACCUCUGGAACUAAAGCAGUCCCCAGACUAGUUGUCAAGAUCAUAGGCAGCAAACAGGUCAAGUAUUUCAUCACAGAAGAGACAGACAAGGUGAAUAAAGCAGCUAUUCCUCCGGCCGUUGUGGAUAAUGUGAUGAAGGAACCACCAGACAAACAGGACUCUAUAGUGACCAGAUCACACAGACAAGCUGAGGCUGAGGGGGGUGUGGGGUCAGCUUUUCAGGCUGAGCUCCACAAGGCCUCAAACAGGCUGUGUAUGACAGCUCCCUCUGGUGACCGUUCCCUGUCCUACAUCCAUCAGAAGAACCCAGCUGUCAUAAGAACUGAACUCAGAGUAGGAACAGCAGCAAGGGCAUCUGAGGAGGAGAAGACCAGGACAAAGCCAGACGUCUGAUUCAGAACUACAACCACAUCUUCAACCUGAACCUGAGUCCCCUGAGGAUCAGUGAGGCCACCUACUG